AUGACUUUAACGUACGCUUUUUCGUCUGCGGAUAUGAUCGAUUACAUAAGCUUACCAAAAAUCAAAACAGUGUUUAAGCGCUCGUUCUCUAAGUGGGCUUCGGUGAUUCCGGUAAACUUCACAGAAAUAGACAAUUACCCAUUGACGAAUAUUAGAAUCGGGUUUUUCAAGGGCAAUCACGGUGACGGUCAACCAUUCGACGGGAUUUUAGGAGUGUUAGCUCAUGCUUUUUCACCAGAGAAUGGAAGGCUCCACUUGGAUAAAGAUGAAACGUGGGCCGUUGAUUUCGAGAAAGUGAAAUCAAAGGCGGCUGUCAACUUAGAAUCAGUGGUGACACAUGAGAUUGGCCAUAUACUCGGGUUGGCCCACAGUUCGGUCAAAGAAGCCGUGAUGUAUCCAAGCUUGAAGCCACGUAGUAAAAAAGUGAAUCUUAAACUUGACGAUGUAGAAGGUGUUCAAUCAUUAUACGGAUCAAAUCCUAACUUCAAAUUCAGUUCUUUGUUGGAUUCUGAAAAUUUUUACAAUAAAACAAUUAGCCUCAAUCCUAGAUCAUGUAGUUGGACAUUUUCUUCAGCAAUGGUAGUUAUUUUCCUGCUUUUGAUGUUAACAUAAGAGCCUUCUUUUUUGAACUCCUUUAAAAAAUUCUUUAUAGUAUUAUUUAUGUGUGAAGAAAAAGUUGUUCACACCCAAAGAAAGAAAAAGAAUUGGAGCAAUUCUUUCAUUUGUAUUAGGG